GCGAUCUCUCAACAACAACUAUGCCACCCAGGCUGAGAAAUCACAGUCUACGACAACUAAAAACAAGUCGAAUUCCAAAUAUGAGAAUCUUCCCCUUAGCACCAGCGGUCCUAUCAACUGUGCGCUCAGCGGUACAUCGCUCUUGAACACUCCUUACCUCAAUAAAGGAUCAGCCUUCCCUCCAGAUGAGCGUCGAGCCUUUAAUCUCACAGGCUUAUUGCCUCAAGGUGUUCAAACACUUGAACAACAGUGCAAGCGUGCCUAUGAGCAGUAUUCAUCUAGGCCUGAUGAUUUGGCCAAGAACACAUUUUUAACUUCACUGAAGGAUCAAAAUGAAGUUCUCUAUUACAAGCUGAUCCAGACUCAUCUUGACGAGAUGAUGAGUAUAGUUUAUACGCCAACAGAAGGUGACGCCAUUCAGAACUACUCCCGGCUCUUUCGACGCCCAGAAGGUUGCUAUCUCAACAUUCAAGACCCAGAUCAUGUAGAGCACAACCUUGCGCAAUGGGGUAACCCAGAAGAUAUCGACUACAUUGUAGUAUCUGACGGAGAAGAAAUCCUCGGCAUCGGUGACCAAGGCGUCGGUGGCAUCCUCAUCUCUGUCGCCAAGUUGGUCCUAACAACACUCUGCGCAGGUGUACAUCCCAAUAGGACGCUUCCCGUAGUCCUGGACUGUGGCACGGACAACAAAGAGCUUCUCGAGGAUGAAUUAUACCUCGGCUUGAAAGAGAAGCGUGUCCGCGGCGAAGAGUACGCCAAGUUCGUAGACACAUUUGUUCAGUCCGCCAGGAAGCUUUACCCAAAUGCCUAUAUUCACUUUGAAGACUUUGGCCUUGGCAACGCGAGAAAAAUCCUGGAGCGUUAUCGUCCAGACUUUGCUUGCUUUAACGAUGAUGUCCAAGGAACCGGCUGCGUAACCCUAGCCGCCAUCCUUUCCGGUCUUCACGCCAGUGACCAAAAGCUCAAGGACUUGCGCAUGGUGGUCUUUGGAUCCGGCAGUGCCGGUCUCGGUAUCGCAGACCAAGUUCGAGAUGCUAUCGCGACGGAAGGUAACAUGAGCCACGAGGACGCUGCAAAUCAGAUUUGGUUGAUCGACAAGUCUGGUCUUCUCACCUCCGAGACCGAAGAUGUCACCGAGUCCCAGAAGAUGUAUAUCAAAGAUGUUUCCGAAUGGAAAGACAAAGAUGCCGAUCUUCUCUCCGUCGUCAAAGAGAUUCGUCCGAAUGUCCUCGUCGGUACAUCGACCAAGGCUGGUGCUUUUACCGAAGACGUCAUCCGUGCCAUGACCGAGCACCACGAGCGUCCUAUUGUCCUCCCUCUAUCCAACCCAACCCGUCUUCAUGAGGCCAAGCCUGAGGACAUAUUGAAUUGGACCGAUGGAAAAGCCCUUGUGGCCACUGGCUCACCCUUCCCAGCCGUCAAGGGUCCUUGGGGAAAGAAUGGCGAAGAGAUUACUAUCAACGUGGGCGAGUGCAAUAAUUCGGUCGUCUUCCCCGGCAUUGGGCUUGGAUGCAUUCUCUCCCGCGCCAAGCAUCUUACCGAUCGCAUGCUCGUCGCAGCUGUGGAGGGUGUUUCCUCUCUCAGUCCCGUUCUUAAAGAUUCGACAGCUCCUCUUCUGCCGGAUGUGGGUUCUGUGCGGGAUGUAAGCGUCCGCAUUGCCCGCAACGUGAUACAGGCAGCUGUCAAGGAUGGUGAGGCUACACAGGAAGGAAUCCCCGAGGAUGAGGAAGAUCUGGAGGAGUGGAUCAAAGAACAGAUGUGGGAUCCCGAAUACCGUCCCCUGAAGCAAGUUGAUUUGGAGAGUGCUACAAGAGAGGCCAGAGGCGAACUAAAGAAGGCCGGAACGGUCCAUCGAACUGGUCACACAUGAGAUCUACUAUAAUGCGAUGGUAUAUUGUGGGUUGGUCAAAUAUGGUGUAGCACAACGUAGCUAGUCAACUCUCAUAACUGUAGCUACAUAUUAAGGACACUUAAUUCGAAUUUGAUUGUAGCACUGCAUGAUCAAACAAAAAUCCGGUAUUCCAAUAUUCCUAAACCGUUUGAGAGCUCAGGAGGAUCACAUUUGCCAAUCGCAAACCCGAACGCCCAACUUACCUUGUGGCAUAAUACAUUUCAUAUCUUCAUCGCCUUUACAUUAUUCAAAUGACACCUGCUCGGGCGGCUUCUCCAGCGUUGUCUUGCACGAGGUCUUCCAUUCUCUUCUUGCCCCUGCCAAGGCCACCCUCGCCAACACCCAUACGCCGAGCAACAUAUCGCUGGGCGACAGUGCCAAUGGAAAGGUUAAGAAGCUCCUCAAGCCACUCAGCCACCCAUUCUCUGGGGUCAACACCGCCGCUCUCAAUGAUAUCUCGGAUCUCGUCUGGGACGUUGGCGUCCGAAGCAUCACCGUCCUCGCCAGAGUGAGGGGUGAGAGGAGCUGGGGUGUCAAGCCACUGAACCCAACGGGCAGGGAUGGACUGACUGACGGUAUAAAAUUCAAUAUCGUGAACAGGGUCCAAGAUAAAUACGGCGAAGCAGAUGAGUUCCUCAUCCUCAUCAUCCUGGUCCUGGACAUUGGAAGAUUGCUUCUCCUUUUCAGCCGAAGCAGUACGAGCAAACAAAGUUCCGUCGGAAUCCACAGCGAUUGCCUGGACAGCCAAGAACAAGUCAGAUGUUCGAACCGGGUUGGUUUCGCUAACAUCUUCUGUGGCCUUGAGCUUGGCUGCCUCUACACCACCGUUGGCGGAAAAGUAUUCGUUCGCAUGUGAUUCGGCGUUGGCGCGGCAAAGCUUGGUGCCUUCUGGCAAUCCGUUUAUCAAGCCCAGCUCGCGAGCAGUGUCAGUUUGUCUCCACCAGGGUCCGUCGUGCCAUCCAGCAGCACUGUCGGUACUUCGUCGAGAGUGGCUUUCCUGGCCACGCUGGAUGACCAGAAGAUCACCGCCCUCAACCUGU